CUGCGCCGGAGUUCGCUGUCCUCUGCCGCUAGGGAGUUUUGUCAGUCGGUGCCCACCAUGGUCCUGGAGCUCUAUCUGGACCUGCUGUCUCAGCCCUGCCGCGCCAUCUACAUCUUCGCCAAGAAGAACCGCAUCCCUUUCGAGAUGCGUACCGUGGAGCUGCUCAAAGGCCAGCACCUCAGUGAUGCCUUUGCCCAGGUGAAUCCUCUGAAGAAGGUGCCAGCCUUGAAGGACGGGGACUUCAUCUUGACUGAGAGUGUGGCCAUCCUUCUCUAUCUGACUCGAAAGUAUCAAGUCCCUGACUACUGGUACCCUCAGGACCUGCAGGCCCGAGCCCGUGUGGAUGAAUAUCUGGCAUGGCAGCACACAGCCCUGCGGAGAAACUGCCUCCGGGCCCUGUGGCAUAAGGUGAUGCUCCCUGUUUUCCUGGGUGAGCCAGUACCUCCCCAGACGCUGGCAGCUACUCUGUCAGAGUUGGAUGUGACCCUUCAGUUGCUCGAGGACAAAUUCCUCCAGAACAAGACCUUUCUCGCUGGAGCCCACAUCUCCCUGGCUGACCUGGUAGCCAUCACAGAGCUGAUGCAUCCGGUGGGUGCUGGCUGCCAAGUCUUCGAAGGCCGACCCAAGCUGGACGCAUGGCGGCAGCGUGUGGAGGCAGCCUUGGGGAAGGACCUGUUCCAGGAGGCCCACGAGGUCAUUCUGAAGGCCAAAGACUCUCCACCCGCGGACCCCACUAUAAAGCAGAAGAUGAUGCCUGGGGUGUUGGCCAUGAUCCGGUGAUCUGGGAAGCCUCACCCUAACACUGUCCUCAACAGUUCACGAAGCAAGUUCAUUUCCAAUGUCCCGUGGGAAGCAGGCUCAGGGAACAGGAGUGACUUUUCUGAGUCUUGCCUGAGUCCCACCCUCUACCACAGCUGCCUGAAAGCCACAAGGAGCAUGAUAAACUCCCAAAGCUUGUCUCCUUUAAUCACUGCAUUUCAUUUUAAGUUUGGAUAAUAAACCUGGGCUCAGCCUGAGCCUCUCCUAACUCUA